AUAUAGCAGAUACACAUACCUGCAGGUCCUCAUCUACACUUCCUGGUUUUCACUUUGUUUGUCCGCAAGGUGUCGCCGCUUGAUAACUUCUCUGUAUGCAUGUAAGGCUGUAAUAGUGCGCUUUAUGCAAGUUAAACCUAAACGAGUAAACCCAUUGUCUCAUUCAUCACUUUUUUAACUACAUUUUAUUCGCUUUGUGGCAGAAAUGAACACCUGCUGUAUGCUAUAACGCCUUCUUUAAUGACAGGAGAAAACCGAUGGGUGAUUUCAUUCACCUAAUCUGAUGCAGGUGGUCGCAGUGUUUCCUCAAAUACAUUCACGCACGUCACUGAUUUAAAAUACAGUUUCAGCCUAUGGAUAGGUUUGGUACUUUUGUUUGUUAAAGAAAAAUCAUAUUAUUAAAAAGCAGGCUUAAGAGACAGUGGACGUGACGUCAGAAGAUGAUUUGCAUACUGCGCAGUAUUUAUAGUGGGAUUGACGCUACAGCCAUACGCUCCUGCGCCACCCAGACGAGUAUCUAACUGUCUCUCAGACUAAAACUAAGAGCCUCUGCAGAUAUGGCUGACAAAGCGGAUGUCUCAGGAGUAACAACCUUCGACAAGUCCAAGCUGAAGAAGACGGAGACCGCUGAGAAAAACACCCUGCCAACCAAAGAAACCAUCGAUCAGGAGAAGUCAACAUAAUGAAGUAGUCCUCCUGUACAUUUCACAAGCCUUGCCUUUUUUCGGUUAAAAAAAUGGGUAGAUGUCCCUCUGUACAGCAAGGAAGCGUGGCCUGGCGUCGGCAUGG